AUGAAAUGAUGCCACCAACAACCACACCCACUCAUUGAUUCAUUUGGUUCCCUCACUUUCCCCACUUCCUUUGUCUCCAUAUAAACCCUUCACCCUGUGUCCCUUUUCCCACUCCCAAACCCCUCUCUUCAUUCCAAUUUUGGCACCACACCAUGCCAACCCUCAACCAUGUCCUCACAUUCACAUUCUUCCUUCUCCUCUCUUGCCAUUGCCACCUCCUCAAUGGCCAAGAGGACACCUCAUUUGGCCGUGCCAUAGACAGAAAAUUGUUAGGCCUAAAGAGAAAAGAAAAGCUCAGCCACUUCAAAUUUUAUUGGCAUGACAUAGUGAGUGGCCGCAACCCCACUUCGGUGGCGGUUGUUCCGCCACCGCCGAAGGUGAACACGACCACAGCAUUUGGCUUGGUGAACAUGAUUGACAACCCUUUGACGUUGGGGCCGGAAUUGAGCUCCAAGCUUGUGGGAAAAUCUCAGGGUUUCUACGCGUCGGCCUCGCAGACUGAGAUUGAUCUUCUAAUGGCUAUGAACUUUGCUUUCAUUGAAGGUAAGUACAAUGGCAGCACCAUCACCAUCUUGGGGAGGAACUGCGUCUUCCACAAGGUGAGGGAGAUGCCUGUGAUUGGAGGAAGUGGACUCUUCAGGUUUGCUAGAGGGUAUGCUGAGGCUAGGACUCAUUGGCUUGAUCUCAAGGGUGGGGAUGCUAUUGUUGAGUACAAUGUUUAUGUUAUGCAUUAUUGAUUGAUGAUUUAAUAAUUAUGUUAUAUAGAAGAGAUUAUACUUUUAGCUUUUGCUUUAGCAAUUGGCAAUUGGCACUCUUUGUUUCUUUUUUUUUUCUUUUUUUCUUUCCAUUUGUUGCUUUUGAUUCUUAAUUAGCUUUGCCUUUUCUAGAGGUGGGGUUUGUUCUUGUAAGCCCAUCUUAAAAUUUGUUCCCUAUUUAAUUAUGUAUUUGUGGCUGGUGUGAUAAUUGGAAUAAUAAUUUAUGAUGCAAUUGGAAAGUAUUCGAUUCACAUGU